AUGGACCAGGCAGCCUUCAAAGUCGUCGUCGUGGGAGGCGGGCCUGCGGGCCUGGUCGCGGCCCACGCCUUCACCAAGGCCGGCAUUGAUUUUGUCGUGCUCGAGGGCCGAAGCUCCGUGGCACCCGAGCUGGGUGCCGGCGUCGGAUUCUGGCCCAUGAGCCUGCGCAUCCUCGACCAGCUCGACAUCCUCGAACAGAUCCGGCCCCUGCUCAACGCCUUUCCCUCCAAAAACGUCAUCCUCGCCGACGGAGGAGUCUUGCAGAAUUACCCUCUCAAGAUGGACGAGUACCUCGGCGAACACUUUUAUAUGUGCCACCGAGCCGACCUCCUUCAGACCCUCUACGACACGCUGCCAGACGCAGCCAAGGCUCGUGUUCUUACGGGUAAGCGCGUCGAGGUCAUUGAGGUCGGCGACAGCGGCGUCCGCGUAGGCUGCGAGGACGGGUCCUGGGAGACGGGGUCCAUAGUCUUUGGCGCCGACGGCGUGCACAGCAAGGUCCGCCGCCUGGCACGCGAGGCGGCGCUUGAAGAAAACCCCGAGGCGGAGACGGACCCGGUGCGGCCGUUCCUCACCAGCUUCGAGGGUCUUUUCGGCAACUCGCCCCUGGACGCCCUCCCGGGCUUUUCACCCGAAGAUCUUACCGAGGUGCACUCGUUCGGCACCGACAUUCAGGUCUUUGCCGGGCGGGAGCGUGUGUGGUGGAUCGUGUACCACAAGCUGGACGAACCCACCCGCGAGCCGCUCAGAUACUCGGACAAAGACAGGGACGCGUUCGCAGACAGGGUCGGCCACCUUCACAUCUCGGACAAGCUGACGUUCCGCGACAUGUACGCCGCCCGCAACAGCAGCUGCGCUGUGGCGCUCGAGGAGGGCUCGCUGAAGCACUGGGGUUGGAAACGUAUCGUGAUGCUCGGCGACUCGUCCAACAAGAUGACGGCCAACGUCGGCAUGGGCAUGAACUGCGCCAUCCAGGACGUCGUCAUCCUGGUCAACCACCUUCACAACCUCUUGUCCAAGGCGGGGGCACCCGGAUCCGGGCCGUCGGCCGCAGCAGCCGAGACAAUAGACACGCCGACGCUGGAGCGGCUGUUCGACGCCUACUGGGCUGAGCACAACGAGUUCUCGCCCAAGUUCACCUACCUCUCGGCGCGAGACGUGCGCAUCGGCAGCUGGAGCACCUAUGUCCGCUACUUCUUCGACAGGUGGCUCUACCCGCUGAUCGGCAUGCGCAGGUUCAUCUUCAGGUUCAUCGUUGCGCGCUUCAUGAGCCGCGGCCGCGUGUUGGACUUCCUCGAGAUCAAGAACAACUUCUCGGGCACUGUGCCCUGGACCCACUCGCCCAAGAACAUCGCCAGCAGCGGCAAGGAAGCAAAGCUCUGAUAAUAUCUGAUACGAAACAUUUCUUUUGUCUUUUGGGCUGGUUGGGUACCGGGGAGUUUUUGGUUGACUUGGCUACGUCCAUGACAUCGCGGAUAUUUCUAUUUAGAGCAGCAGUGAUUUCUAGAGCAGUUAUUACCCCUUCCAGAUUCUAAAACCCCAAUCAAUAUUCAUCGUGC